AUGGCGGCUAAGGAGGAGAAGAAGGAGAAGGAGGCUGCCCUGGCCAAGGCUCGGGAGGCAUCGGAGAAGGCGAAAGAAGAGGCCGCACAGCUAAGGGAGCGGACCGCCUUGGCUGAGGAGACUGCUUCCAAGGCCCGGGAAGAGGCCACGCAUUACAAAGAUGCGGCCGCCGAGCUCGAUAAGGAGAAUAGCCUCGUUAAGUCGGACCUCGCCUCUUCUCAGGAAGCUUACAGUGAGCUAAAGGAGGAGUGCGUGAAGAGCAAGAUUGCUCGGAGCGCCGCGGAGGAGGCUGGGAAGAAGGCCCGUGAGGACCUCGAGGCGGAGCGAGUUCGUUCUUGCGGCCUCUCUGACGAUGUCGACCGUCGGAAGAGAAUGCUGCUGGAGAAUGAGGGAGCCGUCUUACAGGCGGGUAAGAUGAUCGAGGACUUACGAGCCACCAAUACUGACCUAGCUCGCUCUUAUAAGGAGAUCGAGAGGGCCAGCACCGACUUAGUUGGUGAGAACACGGCUCUCGAAGAAAGGAUUCGUGGGCUCAAGGAUGAUCUCCUGGCCGCCCAGGUCGAUGCUCGUUCUACCAAGGCUCAGCUCGACGGGGAGCCAAAGGCGAUCUCGAGGUCCUGA